GCCAGCCGCGCCCGGUGCGCUAAAGCCAUCGGCUUCUUCCGGAUCCUGGGCCACAUGGGCCACCCUGUCUACGUCGUUGGGGGGCCCAACUGGCGGCCGAUGCACAACUCCCUCGCGAACCACUGGGCGCGCAGCGCAGUCCUACCUGGCCUCGACCCAACUACUGCAUCGAUGGGGGCUACUCCGACCCGCGCCCUGCACCGGGGUUCGGGCAAAACCCCCGUCCACGCGGCCGCUGCGCCACUACCUGGUGUCCCUCUCCAUGGGCAUGUAUCCUACAUGGUCGACGUUCCGUUCUCGUCCUGCAGCGCGGCCUCCUACGUUACGCUCCGCUCGUGCUCAGGCGCCGAGAAGCAGGUCCUCCAGGAGUUAGUCGACCAAGACGGGGGGCCCCCGCUGCUCCGACAGUUCGGCGACGACGACGUCUCCCUGGCUGGUCGCUGGGCCUACUGGCAUGGGCGUGCUGGGCGCGCGCUGAUGGUCGCCACGGAGCAGGGGGGGGUCGCCCCCGCAACGGCGCUCUCGGUCCUGCGCUUCCAGCGGAUCGCUCGAGCUGCCGCGGGCGACGUUCUCGCCCUCCACGCCGUGGGCCGCCCGACCUGCGGCGACGCCCUCGACUGGAUCUCCCGCGCCAUCGCGGCGGGGCAGCAGAGGCAGCAUAAGCAGGCCUCCAAGGCCUGGAGACAGCGCUUCGCCUCCUGGUCCAACGCGGUCUGGGCGACGGCCACCCCCGUCUGUCGGAGCUCCCAACCAGCAGCAGCCAUGGCGGUCGAAGACAUGAGGAAGCGGUGGCACGCCCAGUGGCGCCCCGAGAACUACGCGUCCGACACGAACCUCCACAACUG